AUGUUUAAUGCCUCUGACUACACUGGAGCCUCACGGUGCCCACAUGGUGCCACAUCCAAUGACCUAAGCAUUCUGUGCAAUGACUCCUCCCUGGAGCUGAGCGAGUACUGGGACCAGAAGUUUAGUGGUGACAAUGAUGAGCAAGAAAAAUUACUGAUGGAAAGCUCCACACUUUAUGUGGGGAAUCUUUCCUUUUAUACAACCGAAGAGCAAAUAUAUGAGCUCUUUAGUAGAUGUGGUGACAUCAAGAAUGUUUAUAUGGGCCUGGAUAAAAUAAAGAAAAUGGCCUGUGGUUUCUGGUUCAUAGAACUUUAUAACAGAGAUGAGGCUGAAAAUGCCAUGCAAUUCCUAAAUGGCACCAGCCUAGAUGACUGUAUUAUCUGCACAGACUGGGAUCUAGGCUUUAGAGAGGGCAGACAAUACGGCCGUGGUCAAUCUGGGGGCCAGUUAAGAGAUGAGUUUCAAGAAGACUUCAAUGUUGAUAGAGGAGGUUUUGGAAAACAAGCUCAGGUCCCUGGUUUCUCCGGUCACUCCUGCCAGGGGAAAAAACAUGUAAACGCGCCUCCAGAGGAGGGGCAGGGGGAGCUGAGAGCGGCGGGGGCGGCGGAAGGUGAGCCGGGGAAGGUGGCCGAGCGCCCCGGCUGCCGGGCCCUUCCCAGCGCUCCCUCGGGGCAGCAGCCCCAGCCCGCUUCGCCCCCACCCCAUCCCCCUUUUCGUCGGGAUUGCCUUCUCUCCCCCGCCCCCCCCCCCCACACGCCCUGCGACGGCGGAAAUGACAGUGUGGUGCUGCCGCGGUGUCAUGGUGCUGCCCCUGGACUGAGGAGCGAAAACUCUUUAAGUUUGGCUCGGGAGACCCAGCCGCGGUAG